UCCAAUAAACUCUAUCUGCCCCACCAUUUGAGCUCCGAAGUGUAAGCUCGGUCUAGUUAGCAAAGCGGACUGCUCGCUUUGACAGGCUUAACUACGUUAUCGGGAUUACUGGGCUCUCUGUCGUCGGACCCGUUACCGUCUCAGCAGAAUGGUUGCAGUGAGGAGUGUCUUCCAGAGCUGCAGCAUGUUUGAGCCUUGCGUGCUUCCCGCCAUUGAUGCGGGAUCAAGGCGUUCAGCCAUGGCCAUAGCUGCUCCUCGCUCCACGUUUUUCAAUAAGCUUCACAAGUGCCACAUUUCUUUAAGAUAUGAGCCCGCAGCCACCCGAUAUGUCGGCAUUCGCUGUAGAGCUGUACAACAGCGCUGUGGUCACAGUCAAUUUCAGGCUAGACUUAGUUACCAUAGCGUUGGUCGUGAACGGCUGAGCACGCGAGCAGCGGUGUACGACCCUUCUAGGGAUCUCAGCUUCAGCCUGGAAGACGAAAUGAACGAUUCCGAGUCCAACAUCACGCCACCCCCGCCCCCAACGGAGGGUCGCUUCGAGAUCCACGUGACCAAGGAGAUGAUUCGCAGCCUUGAUCUCACCGUCGCACACCAGGUCCUGCGACCGUACGUCGCACAAAUAGGCGACAACACCGCCCCUCCUCCCUCCGACCCCGCUCCUCUCCUCGCUCGCCGCCUUGGUUUCACCAUCAAGUACGAAAGGGACGACCCGAUCGACCCUCGGGAACUGUCCGAGCUGCCAGAUGUCCGCCUCUGGUUCGUCCGCCUUGAUGCAGCCUAUCCGUGGCUGCCAGCAGUGCUGGACUGGCGGGCGGGAGAGCUAGGGCGAUAUGCCGCCAUGCUGGUGCCUCAUCAGAUGAGCAAGCGCAUGGGGCUGGUGUUCAACCCGGAGGCGGUGGAGCUGUGGACCAUGAACAAGGCCUUCCUCAUCCACGCCUGGCUCCUCGCCCGAGGGGAUCCGCGGCCUGACGUGCGAGUCAAGGACAUGGCCAAGUGCCUCGGCUUCUCCCUCUCGGAUUCGCUGUUUACCCUGCUAAAUAACUCCCCUAAAGUGUAACCCUAGUGCCAAUUCGACUCACUGCCCAAUAUUUACCUGUACCUGUGUUGGUUGUAGUUAUUGCAGAAGCCUCAGUU